AAGCUUUUCUUCUGGCGUGACUCAUUUGAGCAAGUUUUCAAAGAGCACAUCACUGCUGUGAGUGAGAAGACCUGUUGACACACUGUUUUUGAACGGUAUUUUGUUACACAAUUAUCUAACGCAAAAAUUCCAAAAGCACAACAACAUGGAAGGACAAUUCGUGGUUGUCAUGUUACUUUUUGGUGCAGUUGCUGUGAUGGGAAACUCACCAUUAGAUGAUGAAGGCAGUUGUGAUCAAGAUUACCGAUUUGAGUGUGGGUGGCUCGGAAUAGAUGAACAAACCUGCUUGGCAAGAAACUGCUGUUGGGAUAACAGCGAUCCAUCCAAGAAGUUUUGUUUCGUUAAGAAAGGCACACAUCUCCCUGAUGGACUUUGCCCCGUUGCUCCUUCUGAACGCGAGGAAUGCGGUUAUUAUGGAAUAACAAAGGAGGAGUGUCUGGGUAAAUCUUGUUGUUGGGACCCAACAGUUCCUAACACUAAGUGGUGUUUCAAACAGCCAAAGGAGAAGCCACUGGGAUGCACCAUCUAUCAUGGUAUAUACGGCACCUGUAAGUACGUGUGUGAUCCGGACGAGGAAAAAAUGUACGGAAUGGGAGCGUGCCAGGGGCGCAUCUGCUGUUACCAUGGCUACCCAUCAAAAUGAAUCAAGGCUGAGCAUACCAACUAUUAAACAGCUGCCCUACAUCAAGUGGAAAACUUAAAUUAGAGAUUAGUUCGUUAACUCUUAGAUUAAACGGUAACAUGCUGUGAAUGGGAAGAAAUAAAAUAGAAAGACUACGAUGGGAAA